AAAGCCGGGCGAAGCAGGAAGGAAAACAGCGCAAAGCCCGAAGCGGUUGUGUGACUUUUAUUGAUGCAGCACCAUGUAAGUUCAGCUAUGAAGGAGAAGUAAGAGUCCGAGCGCGGUGUGUAAAGAGUCUGCCCGUAGGCAGGAGGUGCCAUUGUUCAACCUGGCUUCCACUGGGAGAGGGACCUACUGAAGCAGCAUGUCUAAUGAGAGCGAGUCUUGCUGGUCAGGGAAUGGAUCUGUGGGCAUCCUCAACUGUCUCCUCCUGGCCUGGGAGGACUGGGCCGGGAUGGGAAAUCUGGAAGACUACCUCAGCUUCCUAGAGUAUCUGCUGUGGGUCUUCACCCCGCUGGCCAUUGUCUUCAUCCUGCCUUUCCUCAUUGUCAUCUUGAUCUACUUGUCCAUCCUGUUUCUCCAUGUCUACAAGCGCAAGAACCAGCUGAGGGAAGCCUACUCCAACAACCUCUGGGAUGGGGCGAGGAAAACGCUGGCCACUCUAUGGGACGGCCAUGGCGCCAUUUGGCACGGUUACGAAAUCCAUGGCUUAGAUAAAAUUCCAGAUGAAGGCCCGGCCCUCAUUGUCUACUACCAUGGAGCAAUCCCUAUCGACUACUACUACUUCCUUGCGAGGGUCAUCAUUCAGAAAGGCCGCACGUGUCACUCGGUUGCUGACCACUUCUUGUUCAAGGUCCCAGGUAUUAAGCUGCUUUUGGAGGUCUUUAGUGUAAUCCAUGGGCCACAGGAGGAGUGUGUGAAGGCCCUGCGCAGCGGCCACCUGCUGGGCAUCGCUCCAGGAGGGGUCCGGGAGGCCCUUUUCAGUGAUGAGAUAUACCCCUUGGUCUGGGGGAAACGCAAGGGUUUUGCACAAGUGGCCAUUGAUUCCAAAGUGCCAAUUAUUCCCAUGUUUACUCAAAACGUCCGGGAAGGAUUUCGCUCUCUGGGAACAUUAAAAUUUUUCAGAUGGGUGUACGAAAGGUUCCGGCUGCCCAUAGCGCCUGUGUACGGAGGAUUUCCUGUCAAAUUCCGCACUUACUUAGGCGACCCCAUUCCGUACGACCCUAAACUGACUGCAGCUGAGUUAGCAGAAAAGGUGCAGGCAGCAGUUCAAGCACUUAUCGACAGACACCAAAAGAUUCCUGGCAACAUCCUGCGGGCUCUGCUGGAACGUUUCCACACCAGGCCCAAAACGGAAUAGCGUGCACUUUUCGGGUUCUUAUCCAGCGAUUCGGCGCCAGGCUCAGAGGAACAGCACAGCGCUUUCUCUCAGGCUAAAAACACCACUUAUAACUUUUAUUCCCAGCAUAAUUUAACAGAGAACUGGAAGUAUUAUUGAACUAAUGUAUCAUUGGUGUAUGAUAUUUUGAUGUUACUGAUACUGAGAUAUUGACAUCUGUGUGGCAUGAGCACGUAAUUAUCAGCAAAUGUCGCAAAAAAUGACGUCUAAUAACGGUGUGUCUGUAUUGUGUCUGGUUUCUAGUCUCGUGUGCAUGUGAAGUAUAAGGAUGUGUGGUUUCACCUCUUGUGUGAUUUUCGUGUGUUUUGUUUCGUGUUUUGUUUUCUUUCUUUCUUUCUUUCUUAAUCCGUGACUUAUUUGCACACUUUAAUCUGUUUUAAGGACCACUGCCAAAAACAACUGGGUUUCAAGAGGCCUUUUGGUUCCUUUAUGUCCAAAAAGCAGGAAAAGCUUUUUUUAGAGCUGGCGAACUGUUCAGCGUGGGAGACAGAAAAAUAACAUCUUUUAUAAAAAUGCGCAAUAAUUGCAGGUUGAGGUGGUUCGCAUCAGAUUCUUGUUCUUCUUAAAGCGAUAGUUACGCCAAAACUCAUAACUCAUAAUACAUAAUUCUCUUAUCCCAAAUGUAGGAGAAUGACUGAGGCAUGUUUGCUUCUUUAGUUUUACACUUGAGCUAUGAGGCUAAUGAGCACCAGUUAGUAGUGGGCAAACUGCGUGCGUUGUUUUGCUGUUGUUGGAUCAAAACCUCGUAUUUCCAGAAUGGUGACUUUACAGGAGAAGGAAAAACCUUCAUAACUUUUAGUGUAAGUCAAUGGAACCAGAAUUUUUUUCAAGUCAU